AUGAAGACGGUCUCCGCUGGGAGCACCACCACGCCAGUGCGCGAGGAUUGGUCCGCGCUUGCGUGGCGCAUCGCGUGGUCCGACCGCGAGGACCCGGGCGGCAAGCACGUCAACAGCGCGAGCGUCCGGCGAGUUGAGUCUCCGCUCCUCGCGCGUACGACGGCGCAGACGCUGCCAGGUCACACCGAAUCUAACGGGACUGGUGACGUGAUUGACAGCAGCCCGAGCCAAUCACGCGCGGGACAGGUUAGGCGGCGCGUCGAACUGCUGCAGCUAAAGCUCGAGGCUCGUGCCAAGCGGAUGAGCCUGCACGACAGCACGAGCACGCUUCCCUCGCCCCGAGACUCGAGCAGUCAGAGACUGUUCUGUUCUUUCCCAGGUAAACAUCACCUUGUUUCUCCUGUGUUCGUGGGGCAGGUGUGCUGGGGGCAGGGAGGGAACGGGUUGCUGUCACGCAGCGCGGCGCACCCUUCAGCACGGCAGCAGUACUGCACCUGGCCAUGCAGGUGUGGUGCACGGGUGCAGUGUGACCCAGGUGUCAGCGCAGUUCUGGACGGGUGCGGCUGCUGUAAGAGCUGUGCACGUCAGAUCGGAGAGUCCUGCAACGAGCGGGACGUGUGCGACCCCCACAAAGGCAUGUACUGCGACUUCUCCAGGGACCAGCCACGCUACGAGCUUGGCAUCUGCGCCUACAUGAUGGCAGUGGGCUGUGACCUGAAUGGCGCUCACUAUGACAACGGCCAGGCCUUCCAGCCCAACCCCCUCUACAAGUGCACCUGUAUCGCAGGAGCCAUCGGGUGCACACCUGCGUUCAUCCAGAAACCCGCAGCCAUGCUGGGAGCAGCUCCACUACAGAGAAAGAAACCCGCCGGCCUGAGGGCCAAGAAUCCACAGGAUACCACCUACAGGACCAUGUCAGUUUACAGGGAUCCUCCUUUAGUGUGGAGGAAGACGUGUGAGGUGCAGACCACCCCCUGGGCUCCGUGCACACACACCUGUGGCCUGGGCCUCUCCUCCCGCGUCUCCAACAACAACCGUAAGUGCCAGAUGAGGAAGGAACGACGCCUCUGUCUGCUUAGGCCCUGCGAGAAAAACACCCUGAAGAACAUCAAGAUCCCAGCAGGGAAAACCUGCAAGGCCACGUUCCAGGUGGGGAAGGCAGAGCCUCUGAGGCUGUCGGGCUGCACCAGCACCCAGAAGUACCGGCCCACCUACUGCGGCGUGUGCACGGACAAACGCUGCUGCGUCCCCAACAAGUCCAGAGUGGUGCAGAUGGAGUUCCGCUGUCCAGGGGGCACUAAAGAGCUCUGGAAGAUGCAGUGGAUCACAUCCUGUGUAUGCCAGAGGAAAUGUGAUGACCCAGGGGACAUGUUCUCACAGCUACAUUUGCUGUGA